AUGACGGAAACUAGAAGAAUGCAGCUUCACCUUGGAAAAUGUAUAGAAGAUUUGGAUAAAAUGUACAAUUUACCAGAUUUGAAAUCCAAACGAGCUACCUUGUUAUGUAAAACAGCUCAAAAAUUGUUUGAGAGUGCUGAAGAGGCUUACAAAAACGGUGAUGAGGAGUACUCGUAUGUUUAUUAUAUGAAAUACUUGCGUAUCAUUGCUUUUAUAACCAAAGAUAAAGAGUAUCAGAAAGACAAAACUUAUUUCAACAAUAUGCUUGGUUCUAAAAACCCAAACAAAGCUAUAGAUGCUGCUGAAAAACUGAAAAACAGCCUCAUAGAAAGGUAUGAAAAAGAACGAAAAGCACAAAGACUCAAUGACAUCAAGGAAAAUGAACUGAUUAAACAAAAAAUAGAAGAGAAUAGAAAAAAAGCUAUGGAGUCCAUGGCUGUUGUGGAACCUGCCCCCACAAUGGGAUUGCCAAGUUUGGAUGAAGUAACAAUUAGAAGUGAACAGCUGUACACAAUCCUAAAGAAUGGCAAAUUGAAAGUAAUGAUACUUGAUGCGAGGCCUGGCAAGGAUUACAUAGAGUCCCACAUCAAUCACCAUGCCUGUAUUAGUGUUCCUGAAGAUUGUAUAUCACCAGGAAAGUCAGCCAACACAUUAGAGCAAAGUUUGCCGACUGCCUCCAGACCCAUAUGGGCCGAACGAGCAACUAUGGAGCUUAUCAUAAUGCUGGACUGGAGCAGUACAACUGUUAUACCUGGAAAACCACUGCAUCUUCUAAAAACUAUUUUACUCAAGUGGGACGUGAAGGUACAAUAUGCGCGGGCUCCGCUGGCGCUGUGGGGCGGGUUCGAGGAGUGGCUCCUCAAGUACCCCGCCCUCACCACCAACCCCCGCGCCGCACCCCCGCCUCAGCAGCACCAUCUCCUCGACGACAUGCUCGGUGACAUUGACUACCCAAACUGGUCUGAUUUGAAUCCGGUGACACCACCCUCCAUCACACGACCUAAACUCGGCGAACCAGUUGUCGACAGAAGCAGCAAGGCAGCUGCGGUACAGAUGUACGAAGAGCGCGCGCGCAACAUGCAGAUGAUACUCGACCAGCAGGAACGGAUUGCUGACACAUCGCUCACGCUCGAAAUGCAACGAAUAGAGGCCGAACAGGAUUGGGAAAAAAUACAUAUACAAAAAGAGAACGCCCAACAAGAUGAACUGCGUGCUGUCUACAAACUGCGUGAACAGGAAAUCAUAUCACAACUGAUGCAGCUAGAGAACAAGCAAUAUGAUAUGGAACAAGAGAAUCAGAGUUUACGCGAACAAUUGGAAGAGUAUCAGCGGCGGGAGCGAGAGGAGGCAGCCCGUCUCGCUUCCACGCUCGCGCAAGAUCAACUGCAAGCUGAAGUGAACGAGCAGGCGGCUGCGGCGCGUGACCUGCAGGCUAAGCGAGCGCGUAUAGCCGCCGUGCAGUCCCAGCGGGACCAGCUGGACCGCCGCCGCGAGCAGCUGGAGAUAGAACGCAAGCGCAAGCUCGCUGAAGCGCGGGACAAGCGGAAGCCGAGCCAUGACCAGGACGAGGACGGCGACACGUACAUGAUGUCACCAGGAGACAGUCCUGGAGCGGCCGCGCUUAGUAGAUCGCACUCCUCACCAAACAUACCCAAGUUCCCGUCUGAUGAUGAAGAAAUGCUGGUGCCCUCUUUCGACCGCAGUACUAAACCCAACAAAGUGGCGCCCUCCAGCGAACUCUACCAGAGAGACUUCCAACCUGUUUGGGGUGAAGUGGGACGCGGACUGACCGGUCUCAAGAAUUUGGGUAAUACCUGCUACAUGAACUCCAUCAUCCAGUGCCUGAACAACACAGCCAUACUUGUCGCAUACUUCUGCAACGGACAAUAUCUGGAACACGUGAACAGGUCUCACAGCACGCGGGGCGCCAUAGCGGAGGAGGUGGCGGCGGUGGUGCGCGCGCUGUGGUCCGGACAGUAUCGGUUCAUCGCCACCAAGGAACUCAGGAACGAGGUAGGUAAACAUCAGCGCGCGUUCCGCGGCUGCGAGCAGCAGGACUCUCACGAGUUCCUCACGAUACUCAUGGACUGGCUCCAUCUAGAUCUACAGUUCACCAUCAGCGUGCCACAUAAGGAGAACUUACCUCCUUCGGAGAAAGCAUGGCAUGAAUACACAAAGUCUAAAGAGAGCCUGAUACUGAAGCUGUUCUACGGUCAGAUAAAGUCCACGGUAAGAUGUACGGUCUGCGGGAAGACCAGUACCAACUACGAGUCUUUCUCCAACCUGUCGCUAGAACUGCCGGCUAAUGCUACCCGCUGCUCGCUCAGUGACUGCCUGAAACUUUACCUGAACGGCGAAACGAUACCAGGCUGGAACUGUCCUAAUUGCAAAGAGAAACGGGACGCGGUCAAGAAGUUGGACAUAUCGCGUCUACCGCCAGUCUUAGUGAUACAUUUCAAACGAUUCUACGUUGAUCCCAAGGAGUACAUGGUGAACGCGUAUAGGAAACGGCAGACGUACAUAGACUUCCCGCUGGAGGAGUUGGACAUGAGACAGUUUUCCCUGCACUGUCCCAGCAAUCAUCUGUAUAACUUGUACGCGGUGUCCAAUCAUUACGGGUCUAUGGAGGGCGGUCAUUACACGGCCUACUGCAAGAGUAGUGUAUACGGAAAAUGGUACAAAUACGACGAUCACGUGGUCACAGAGAUCUCAGCGACCGACGUGAAGUCUAGUGCGGCAUACAUACUGUUCUACACAUCCUGUGGGUCACGGCUCGCGUGAUGCCCACCCCCGCCCCGCCGCCGGUAAACACGGGACAACGUCCGCGGGGUCAACUCGAUCGGGAACAACGUCCUUAUGGGACAACUCCAUCGGAGACAAAGUCUUUAUCGGACAACUCCACCGGGAGAACGUCUUAAGUGGACAAAACCACUGAUGGAAACGUCUUUAGGAAACAACUCCAUCAGGGACAACGUCCUUACGACACAAAUCCAUCGUGGAAAUCGUCCUUAUGAUACAACGUUGAUAAGGAUAAACAAAGACUGUGCCCCGCGGCGACUCUAGUGAACCUUAAAUAAAGAAUAUUACGCGAAACCCGUUGUAAGUGAUUACAUUAUUAUUAGUGCGAGCGAGUGGUAUAUUAUUAUAUCCAGUGUUGAGACAGAAUAGUGAAAAAUAUCUAGUGCGUGUAACGGCGUUGUCGUGUCGUCUUUGAUAUUAAAUAUGGAAGUAAUGUUGAGGGUUUCAUCUGCAGCUGUCGAGUAUUGUUAAGAAUGUUUUUAUUUAAUGUGACAGUGAUGCAGUCAUCUGUUAUAAAUAUUUGUGUCAGUCCUAACAUAUUAGUUGAAUUUAAUCAUCACAAUUUUAAAUUCAGAUGUUCAUCAAAACGGCAUGUAAUAUGGCUUACACCUUAUUUGGUAUAGAAUUACAAAUCUUAUAAUUUUCAGUUUGUUUUUAUAUUUGACAGAUUUUAUUUUUAAUAAGUUAUGUAUAAUAAAUAGCAUAGAAUCUAUGUUCAAUUGAGAACAAACUAUGUUAUAUAUUUAUUUAAAGUACUCAAAUAUACUUUCAAAAAUAAUUUCACUUUAUGCGACAAUUGAUUAUUUAUUUCAAGUAAUUGUUUUGGGUCAAACUUAGUAUUUAAUAUUUGUUCUUUUAUUAUCAUCAACACAACACACUACAGUUUUUUUUUGUUUCUUUUUUUAUUCUUCAAUUUCAGUCGAGUUUCAUUUGCAAAUAUUAAAAAUCUGUGAUGGGAAGUUAAAGUGGAAUGCAUAAAUUAAACAAACAUCUACCGCCUUAGUUCGUCGCCUUAAAGUAAGCCUUAAGAAGGAGCCAAUAUGUAAAUCAAUAAUUAUUAACUAUAGAAUCACUAUAGAAAUCAUAAUAGCUUCCAUAGCAAAGAAGUUACGAGUCUCAUUCCAACACUGUCAUCAAAAAUUAUCUUCAGUAUUAAUUUAUAAAUUAAAUGAAAAGUUAUUACUUAUUAAUAUUAACAACAUACUGUGGACGUUUGUAAUUUGCUUGCAUAUUAACUAGGAUAUAAAGAGGUAUAUCUUAUAUUUGUAUAAAUACAUUGGAAUAUAGUGUUCUAACUUAUUUUUUACAUUAGUACUUUUUGCUGGUUGUUGUAUUCGGAAUUGUGUAUUGUUUUGGAGAAAGACUGAGUAUUGGAUAUGAGUGACUGGCGCUUCAUAAACGAAAGAAUCCUUGGUAUAAUAACAUUAGUCAAUAUACUUCUAUACAGCUGUCUAUUGGGUCAAUCCAAUGAGAUGACUUAUUGUGACACCAUAGCCAUAAUAAAAGUAAUAAUCAAAUUAGAAAAUAGAUGACAAAUAUAAUAUUUUUUGUAUUUUCGUAAUAAACAUAAUCUUUAUUUUUGCACUCAACAGAUAACAAUUUUUAUAACCCAUUCAGAUGUAAAUUAUUAAGUAUUAUAAUCUGCAACAGUGAUGGAAACCUUAUGUUUUAUAAAUAAAAUAAGGUAGAAUCAUUUUUAUAUAAAAAUAUAUAAAUAGUAUAUCCACAUUCUGUAUCUCAUAUAAUCUUUCUCUAACAGUUUCUCAUUGCAAAACAGCAUUCUUGUUACUUAGAAAAAAUUUGGUUUAAUCCUAUGUGACCCCAUUGUUUUACUCUCACUAAUAGCAUAUAUGUAUUUUAUGUGAUCUCCAGUAAGGGGGAUCAAAAAUCGCUAUUUAAUUCACUUAUUAUACCUUGAUGCAAACUGCACAGAAGCAUUUAUCCCAUUAAUCUUUUAACAUAAAUUGAACUUUAACUUAAAUUGACUGACAUACUCAUAUCAUCAGUAAUAUUUUAUUUGAUUGUUAUAUGUACUCCUCUGUGCUCUGUGUACCUGUAAAUACUUUUGGGUAAUGUGACACCUAUAACUAAACUAUUCCAUCACUACUGCAAGGGGUAUAUAGAAGAACUGUUGUCUUUCAUAUUCUUCAAAUGGAAUGCUUAGGUUUUAUAUGCAAAGCAGGAGCAAAACAAUGGGAUCUUGUAAGAAUAAGCCGAAAAUUAACAUAGAAGACCCUAUAAUGUAUAUAAUUGAUUAGAAUACUUAUCGAAUAACAGUGCCUAAGGUUGGAAAUAUUAACAAAGUUGAUCCCUGGUGAAGUAUAUCUGACAGAUUUACCUGUAUGGGUAAUUUCAGUGAACCUAUCAGGUACAUCCACAUCAGAGCUGACAGUGCCAUUAAACAUAGCAGUUUUCAAAAGGAAAGAAUUAUUGUUGUUUGCUUUGUGUAUGGUACUUGUAUAUAAAAUACAUUAAUGAUUUAUUGUAAAUCUAAAUGUAAGACAAACUUUAUUAAAUUCUUUGUUAAUAU